UUUUUUUUGGUCCCAGGAUCUGAAAAUGCCUGUGAAAAGACUUCAUUUAUGUUUCUGCGACAAGAGCUGCCUGUAAGAUUAGCAAACAUAAUGAAGGAAAUAAGCCUGCUUCCAGACAAUCUUCUCAGAACACCUUCAGUUCAGCUGGUGCAGAGUUGGUAUGUCCAAAGUCUUCAGGAGAUCCUUGACUUUAAAGACAAAAGUUCAGAAGAUUUGGGGGCUAUUCACAGUUUUACAGAUACCGUGAUAAAAAUACGCAAUCGGCACAAUGAUGUAAUUCCUACUAUGGCUCAAGGAGUAAUAGAAUACAAGGAAAGCUUUGGCAUUGAUCCAGUGACCUCACAGAAUGUGCAGUAUUUUUUAGACCGUUUCUACAUGAGUCGCAUUUCAAUUAGAAUGCUCCUUAAUCAACACUCUUUACUGUUUGGUGGAAAAAUUAAUCCAGCUCAUCCAAAACACAUUGGAAGCAUUGAUCCUAGCUGCAAUGUUGUUGGAGUUAUUAGAGACGGCUAUGAAAGUGCCAAGAGUCUUUGUGAUUUAUAUUACAUGAGCUCUCCAGAACUUGUCCUUGAAGAGUUGAAUAUUAAAUCACCAGGACAGCCCAUGCAAGUGGUGUAUGUACCAUCCCACCUCUAUCACAUGGUUUUCGAACUUUUCAAGAACGCAAUGAGAGCCACCAUGGAACAUAACGCUGAUCGAUGCAUUUAUCCUCCAAUUCAUGUACAUGUCACCUUGGGAAACGAGGAUUUAACUGUUAAGAUGAGUGAUCGUGGUGGAGGUGUUCCUAUGAGGAAAAUUGACAGACUAUUCAACUAUAUGUAUUCAACAGCACCGCGUCCACGUGUUGAGACAUCUCGAGCUACACCUUUGGCUGGAUUUGGUUAUGGCUUGCCCAUAUCACGCCUGUAUGCACAAUACUUCCAAGGAGACCUGAAACUGUAUUCUUUAGAAGGUUAUGGCACAGAUGCAGUUAUUUACAUAAAGGCCUUAUCAACAGAAUCAGUCGAAAGACUCCCUGUGUACAAUAAAGCAGCCUGGAAACAUUAUAAAGCAAACCAUGAAGCAGAUGACUGGUGUGUGCCAAGCAGUGAGCCAAAGGACAUGACUACUUUUCGCAGUACAUAGCUUUUUGCUCAACAGUUCCUAAGGUGUAUGUAUGUCACGUGAAGGGAAUUUAAAAGUCCCUGGUUUAUAUCAAGAUGCUGAGCCACGUUUGAUCUGUGAAAAUCAUUCUAAAGGGAAUAACAAAGCUUAAAUCUACUACUUUCUUUCCUGGAAUUUAAGAAAAAAAGUAAUAAGCUGUUCAUACUUUUUACAAAGGUCAUGCUUAAUUUGUUCCACCUUCUAUUAAUGACUACGUUCUGUAGUUAAAUCAAGGGAGCAUUACUUUCAAGUUUUAUAGAGACCAAUGUAACCUAUUUCAUAUCUACUGAGAAAUGUAUUAGGUCAUAUGAUUACAACAUUUUUUUUAGUGGAACUAUUGAAAAAGCUUGCCAGAGUAUUUUUCCAUUAUGCAGUGUUAGAAGAUUAAUGAAUCAUUCAUUUAAUAAACAUUAAGGAGCUUGUUGCUGUACCUUUGCACCUGUAUGGAGCUUUCUGUUUCUUGAUUUUAAAUAUGCUGAAGCCUAAUUUUGCAAAGUUAGAAAUGUUAUCUAUACACUAAACAUUUUUUUCCACAGCUUUAGAAACCACACAUAGGUCUUUAGGAAUAAUAGUUUAAAAAAAAAGUCAGUUCUAGCUGCUACCACUGGUAUAAUGUAUCUCAGGUCAGUGGUAUCAGUAGUAUUUCUUUGGUGGUAAUGUGAAUAUUUAAUGUGUGAUAAACUUACCUUUCCUUGAUUAUUGUGAAUUAGUAAGUAGCGUUUGCUUGUGUACAGUAAAGGUUUGCUGUCUUACAUUUGCUUAUAUUUCUAUAGGUAAUAUCAAACCACAGUAUCAGUGUUCUAGCCCUAGUGAGAUCUCAGACUCUGAGGUAUGUCAGGUUACAGCUGUAAAUUAAAAAUAUUUUUUAAUAAACAUUUUUUAAACGUUA